AUGCCGCCGCCCGCCGUCAGGGUGGUGUGGCUGGGCCGGGCGCGGUACGCCGAGCUGCUGGCGCUGCAGGAGUCCUGGCUGCGGAGGCUGCAGGCCGAGCCCGGCCCCGAUGCCGGGUCGAGUCUCGAGGCGGGCGCCCUCCUGCUCUGCGAGCCAGCGGGGCCCGUGUAUACAUCCGGGCUACGCGGCGGCCUGACUCCCGAGGAAACGGCGCAGCUGAGGGCUCUGGGCGCCGAGGUGCGCACCACAGGCCGCGGCGGCCUGGCCACCUUCCACGGCCCGGGCCAGCUGCUCUGCCACCCGGUGCUCGACCUGCGGCGCCUCGGUCUACGCCUGCGCACCCACGUGGCGGCGCUGGAGAAGUGUGCGGUGCGCCUCUGCGAGCUCCGGGGCCUGCGGGACGCCCGCGCGCGGCCCCCGCCCUACACUGGGGUCUGGCUGGGUGAGCGCAAAAUCUGCGCGAUCGGUGUCCGCUGUGGAAGGCACAUCACAUCCCACGGCCUGGCGCUGAAUUGCUCCACGGACCUUACAUGGUUUGAACACAUCGUGCCCUGUGGACUGGUUGGGACAGGUGUCACUUCCCUGAGUAAGGAGCUCCAGCGGCACGUCUCCGUGGAUGAAGUAAUGCCGCCUUUCCUCGAGGUCUUUAAGGAGACCUUUAAGUGCACUUUGGUCUCAGAGGACCCCAACUAAAAGGGAUUCAUACCGUCAGGGUAGUCUUGUCCUGGAAAGCAACCCAAUCCAACUCCGGGUGUCAGAGUCCAGAUUAAAGAACUGCUUGUCAUUCUCUGACUAUAAGACCAAGAGCAAGAUUAUGAGCCAUGAGCUAUUGUUGACUUAUGUGUACCCUGAUUUAUUUAUAUCAUAUCCACCUACCUCAGAGACAUUAGAUAUGGAAACACCAUGAAAAGCAACAUGCUAUAUAAAGCAUUGGUAUGACUAUCAGCACUCAUUUUUCAGCUUAGAGGAACUCAGAUGUCACUUUCAUUCUCCAGUUGCUUUUCUUUUUUGUCCAAGACCAGGACUCAAACUCAGUAUCUAACCCUUUUGCUCACUGGCCAUUGUUCUACCAUCCGAGCCAUGCCUCCAACCUCUUACUUUUUCAGUGUUGUGUCUAAUUGAGCAAUUCUGGUCUCUAGUUCCUUUGACUUUGUGGGAAUCAAAUCUCUGAACUACCCAGUGAAUGUGAUAUGAUAUGGUUUUUCAUUAUCAGGAGACCUGGGUGCAUUUUGCAAUAAAGGGAAAAGCCACUUCAAAGGUAGAAUCUCUAAACUUGGUAAUUUACCUAAAUUUUCUUAGCAUUACCAGGUAGAUCAGAAGCUACAAGAAAAACAGGAAUGAUUUCUCACACUGGCCAAGCGCUGAGGUUUUCUUAGAUGAGAUGUUUAAGGUUGUGUAUAAUUAUUUGCUAUUUAAUAAAACCAAAGCUUAUUGACAACAAUAAACAUUUAUUGUUUGUA